AUGGCGGACGGAGGAGAAAAACAGAGCAGUACAAAUUUGCAAUUACUUGACUCGCAGAUCUCACGUACUUUAUAUGAGGUAAUCAAAAAACAACAUUUAUCGAUUUUUCCAGCUUAAGACGUGCUAAUUUCACUUUGCUUUCUCCAGAUAAGAGAAUUAGAAGUUGCCAACCACGAGCUCGGAUGCCUACAUGCAAAAAGUGUAAGACUACUUAAAAUAGUAUAGCAUUAUCGCGCCAUGAGGGGUAGGACCCUGGGUCACCCACGGAGAUGGUAAAAUGGGUAGAGCAAAGUCAAGAAUCUUCCUCAGGGGUUGGGGAAGUAACAAGACAAAAUCACUUUGGUCACGUGCUUCUCGAAGAAUAUUCCCCUAGUGUCUACACCUUGGACAUCUACCAUUUUUUUUACACCCUCCUGCUCCUCCCUCCCUCCCUCCUAAAGAUGGCUGGAACUCGGGCCCUUUGAAGAAUGAAAUCUGAAGGGUGAAUCUUUCGUCAAGGUAAAGGUAAAAACCUGGGUAAGGGUGAGCCGCUGAGGGCUUAAAACUCUGACCCUGUUUAGGACAAAAAAAUGUAUAUCCUGUUCAGGACAAACAACAAAAUGAACACCGUCUUGUUUAAGUCAUUUAUUAGCAAUUGCAAUUGAAAAUUUUCACGUUAUAGUCAUUGCUUUUGAAGACUUGGUGCACAAAUAAAUUUCACUUAACAAAUCAACUCAAUCAUGCAGACAAUAACCUGUUUACAAUUAGGACAGACUCGCAUGAAAUUAGAUUUUCUGCUUAGGACAAAGAGCAUGUAAACCAUACCCUGUCCAGAUUGCACAUCCCUGUAUAGGCCACAUAAGGCAGUACCCCCCGGGCUUCUGUAUAGGGGUGACAAUUUUCCACGGGCGUAGAGGGAGGGUGAGUUUUCGUUACUCAAUUAAUUAGUCAGUGGUGUCCUUCAACGCUGCGGUAGGUACUUGAUGUAUGGGAAUAUAUAUUGUAUUGAUUCCAAGUGACGGGGAUGAUUGAAUGGGGCCGGAAUUCAAAACCAAAAAAAAAAAUGCUUCGAUUAUGGGGAAUGUUUUGCCUCCCAAUAACAGUGUUGUCCACAAGUCACAAGUACAGUAGUUGGAUGUAACUAAUUUUAUUCACGAUUCACUCUCACUUAGUUUCAUCGCAAUCACGUUGUCUCUAAAAACUAGAAAGCAUUUUUCUUUGUUCUAUUUUAAUGCAACUGCAAAUUCCGAAUCACGAAUCUAUGCUAUAACCCGGUAUUUGCCGAAAAGAAAUAACAGUAGUAACAGUGGUUUGUGGAUUCUAUUUUGAUAUUGAAGUUAUUAGGAUCAUUGUAUUUGUCACGCAUUCUCUUGUAAUCAAAAAUAUCCAAUACGACAGAGCAUCAUUUUUUUUAGACCCACAACUCGAGUCCUGCAAUUAAAGCAUAGUACAAACCAGGUCAACCAAUCGACGCUUUAGUUUCGACAUUGUCAAAUCAGGGGGAAGGGAGGCGGGGCUAAUUCGAAAUUAGGAGCACUUUUAAAUGUUUUAGUUCUCGGAAGGGCUUGCUUCUGCUAGAGAGUGCUUGCAAUAAGAAAUCAUAUCAAAGAACAUCAAAGACAAAAUCCUAUCAGUGUUUUAGUCUUGGCUGAUGUCGAAAUGUUGUUAGUUUUGUUGUUGUGCUUUGAUGAGACUGGGAAAUAAGGCAAGGUUGGUGUGAUGUCUUAGCGAUUUUUACAGACUUAAUAUAGGUAGAAGUAGAUGUAGUUGGUGUAGAUAAUAAUUUGAAUCGUUGGAAAAUCAUGUCUGUUUUACCUUAAAAUCAGUAACAAUCAAUUCAACAAAUUGCUAAACAAAACACCACAAACUUUGUUUUUCCAACACCCCUGGCCACUCUAAAGAUCCGGAGACUUUCAUGUUUAACUGUCAAUCAUGAGCAGUACGAGCAAACUUAACUUUCUGUUCAAUUUUACGCUCUUCACUUAGGGGCCAACCAUUUAACUCUUGAGGGAGAGGGGGGGGGCGGUGAUUUCUGGUCAUCAAGAAUAUUUUUUUCUAGCAAUCUGGUGGGCAGGAUAUUUUUUCCCCUUUUUUUCCCAUAAGCUUUCUAUUACAUUUGUGCUGCAUGCAAUUUUUUUCUUGUGACAAGCGCUUGCAGGAAAUGUUUUUUCAAAAUCACCCCCCCCCCCCCAAGAGUUAAAUGGUUGGCCCCUUACAUAAAAAUGAGAAAAAAUAAAUAAUCCUGACCAACUUCCAAAAAUGCUGAUAAACAAAAUAUAAUAGAAACUGGUGGGUUUAAUUUACUAUUACCUUCAACAAUCCAUGAACGCAAUGUCUGGAUUCAGAGCUUUCUACUGUAAAGGGGACUCCAAAGAAAGUAAUGGGGAUAUUUCCUCUGUUAUGUUCAAAAAUGGGUUGACCUGUAUGUGCAAAUUAAGAGACAAUCAAGGAGCCACUUCAAGCAAAUAACCACAAUAAUUUGGUAUGGAGACAGUUUACGAAGGAUAUGAAAACAUGAAGAUAAUUAUCUUUACGUCGAAUUCAAAGAAAGAUAUCUGUUGAUCAAAUCAGUUAGACUUUCUGCGUCUCCUUUAUGGACUGCAAAACAGUAAUUCUCCGAAAAGUGAACAUUGUCAAAAUUUCCUUGAAGAAAUGCAAUCCCUUUUUCCCUUACUUUGUCCACGGAAGACUUCAUAAUUGUCACUUGAAAACCUUGAUCUCGCCCGUCUGGUUUUCCGCCAGAUUGCGAAAAAGUGCCAUAAAUAAGGUAAAAAAGUCGACCGGAAGCGCCUCGAGAGGAAGCUCAAUCAUUUAACCGGAAGUCCCUCUUCAUUGCCAAACUACCGCUGACUAAUUAAUUGAGUAACGAAAACUCACCCUCCCUCCCUCUACGCCCGUGGAAAAUUGUCACCCUCUGUAUAGUUGGCUUGAUUUCUUGCUUAACACUGUUGACAUAAAUUACAAAAGCACUGUUGCAAUUUAAUUUCUGUAGAUGAUCAAUUAAGUGUUGCGCUGCUUAUUUCAUUUUUCCCUGUUAUAAGUGCGGCGCUUAUACGAGAGUGCCGCAUAUUAGAGAACAGCACAUAUUUCAACUACGGGUAAAACACUGAGGGAAAUAUAGAGAGAAUUAAGUGAGGCGCGUACUAGGUAUGCACAAUUUAGUUUAAAAUAUGUACACCUCUAACAGUUAUGUGAACCUGGAUUCUAGAGUUUCCCUACAUUAAAACUUUAGAACUCCCGAGUUGGUCGAGGUCUAAUUUUGCAAGGGUAUCUCUUUAUAUCAAGUGCCGUAACAAAGGUUGUGCGUUAAUUUGUAGCACCUAUUAAGUUAUUUUUGGUAAAUGUGCGGUGCUUAUUGGAGAGCAGCGCUUAUUCAAGUAACAGCGCUUAAUCAAUCAUCAAUGGUAGCUGUAAAUAAGCCAUGAGAAAAAUGGGGAAAAAAACCUACCAGCUUUUUUCCUAGGAAGCAGUCUCACACUCUGAUCUUGCCAGCUAUGCAGGCUUAUGAUGGUUCAGGAUCAGAAUUAUUUAUUCAUUUAAGGCUUCCAGAAGCAAUAUAGUAUCAUCAUUCAAUAAAAAGCAGUACAAUUAAAGAGCACCUGAAGACGUACAUACACACUAAGGCCCUGUUUAUAUGGAGGAAACCUGUUCCUUGUAGAAGGUUCACCCUACACAGCCAAGUCAACUUUAGCUAGAAUUUCUAUGCAAACAAAGUUGACCCCUUUGCUUGGUCAACAGUGCUCAUGCAUGCUCUGAAUGACCAAAACAGUGCAGGCACAUGGUUUGAUUGUGUCGCCUUGAUGGAGUUGACCUAGUUGGGCAAGGUAAAGUGUUUAUGUGGAGAAAAGUUGGCCUGGCCAGGAUGGUAACUUCGCUGCAGUUCACCUAUCUAGCAGAGGCAGCUUUUUUGUUUCUCAUGUAAACUGUUUGUCAGGUUUUGAAGGGAAGUGUAUGGUAAGUUGGUUGCCCUGGGUAGCUCAGGUGGGCGGGUGACCAUUUUACCGAGGACAAGUUUUCUCCAUGUAGACACGGCCUAAGGUUAUGAUAGGAAGAGACUGAUAAAACCUGUAUUAAUCUACCUUAUGCCCACCAACCACUAUUUAUGUUGAGCUAGUUACAAGUAUUGAGCAGUAAAAUAAUCAUACCUGUUUAGUUAUCAUUUUAGCUGCAAUAUUAUUAUUAUUCUUUAUCAGCAACAGCAACAGGAACAGUACUUUUACAAAGUCAAGGAAAUGUUCAUUAAAAAGUUAACUAACAUGAACAAAAGUGCCAUGUUAUAUAUUGAGUUGUUUUCCAAAUGUUUCAGGCCUGGCCCUUCACCAGGGCUUGCUAAUGUCACUAAUUCACUGUGCUGGGCCUCUUUGUUUUGCAUAUUUUUCCAGUGGUAAUUACAUCCCUGAUUUUACAAAGUUUUGAACAUAUUCCCCACCCCUUUCCUUUGAAUCCCGUGGUUGGCCCUGUGACCCAGCCCUGGGGCAAGCUGAUGACAUGAGCACUAUAAGACGGUUUUCAGUGAACAAAGUAGAGCAUACUAAGCUUAACUAAAUGAAAUGCACUGAUGUAACUAUGUAUUUGCUUUUAAGGCUAAUAACCUUGUCCAUCCAUUUUUUUCUCUUUGUUCAGAAAGUGUAUACAAGACAAGGAGCAGGGAACUUGUUCUUUCUUUCUAAUCGUUCUCAUGUUGUUGGCCAAUUUAAAAGUAAGUGAAAAGUAAGAUGGGUAAGUUUUAUGCACAGCUCUGUACAUUUAUUAUGCAUUCAUAUUUCGACUUUAUUCAUGUCAACUAUUUGUUUGAAAUGGUAUCAGAUUACUUCAUGCUUAAUAAAGACAAUGAAUGUAUGUAGUUAUGCGAAAAUCUUACUUUUGAUAUUAUGUUUAUCUUUACCAAUAUUUCUUGUUUAUUUGUUUGAAAAUUCUUUUUCUAUUUUCCAGGGAAACUUGACGAUGUGAAGAAAGAACUUAAACAAUUGAACAAACAAAAGGAAGAGGCUUUAAAGUCAUAGUACUGUUGUGUUAAUCCUUAGCAAGGAGUGGAGACAGCAAGAGUAUUAAAUAACCAAAGUUGGGAAAGAACUUUGACAAUUGAACAAACUAAAGGAAGAGGCUUUAAAGUCAUAGUGCUGUUGUGUUAAUCCUGAGCAAGAAAGAGAGACAGCUAGAGUAUUACAAGACAGCCCAUCAGUUUUUACUCAUUUGAAUCCUGCUCUGUGCCUGUUACUGGAACCAGCAAGGCACAUUGAAUAUGACAUAUACUGGCCAUUCCUAUUCGGGAAAGAUGCAUGCU